AUGGCAUCGCGUGAUCAGCAAUAUUCGCCACGCUUCUGUUCACCGCGUUCCACAAGCCCGAGAUAUCUUGCUUCAAAUGGUACGACACGCAAUCGGCUUUAUGGAAAGCAUCGCCAGCGGAAGAAGCUCAAGAAGCCUCCGUCGACUUCAUCGCUUCGUGAAGACCAUGCUUCAUACCUCAGACCGCCUACAAGCCCAGCUGAGAGGUAA